AUGAACUACCACAAUGAAUCUCCCGACUACGACAUGAGCAAGUCCAAGGCGCCGGCCGCCUUCCCACCUGCACAAUCCGAAGACGAGCCCAAACUGGGCGAGAUCCGCGAGACCGACCGAAAUGCCUACGAAGAAGGCGUGGCGAACUUCACCCGGCUCGGCUGGAAACGUCUAACGAUCGUGCUGAUCGUCGAAGCAAUUGCACUAGGAAGUCUAUCCAUCCCAUCAACAUUCGCAACACUCGGCAUGGUCGCCGGCGUGAUCUGCUGUAUCGGGCUCGGCCUCCUCGCUAUCUACACAAGCUACAUUGUUGGAGAAGUCAAGCUGGCCUUCCCCGAAAUUACCAACUACGCCGACGCAGGCCGGAUCGUGGGCCAGCGGUUCGGAUGCGGCACCGCCGUGUACGAGGUCAUCAGCGUCAUGUUCUGCCUGCAGCUGAUCCUGAUCGUUGGCUCACAUUGCUUGACCGGGACAAUCGCCCUGGUCAAAAUCACCGAGAGCAAUGUCUGCUCCGUGGUAUUCGGCGUCGUCUCCGCAAUAGCCUUACUCCUCCUCGCCAUCCCGCCGACCUUCGCUGACGCCGCGAUCCUCGGCUACAUCGACUUCGCCUCGAUCAUCCUCGCCAUUGGCAUCACAGUGAUCGGAACGGGCCACUCGGCCGCAACAUCCCCAGGCGGCCUUGCAGGCGUCAACUGGUCCGCCUGGCCAAAAGAGAACCUCACAUUCACGGAAGCGUUCAUCGCGCUCUCGAACAUCAUCUUCGCGUAUAGCUUCGCGAUGUGCCAGUUCUCGUUCAUGGAUGAGAUGCACACGCCGGCGGACUAUAAGAAGUCGGUUUGGACGCUCGGCGUGAUCGAGAUGGUCAUCUAUACGCUUACGGGGGCGCUGGUGUAUGCGUUUGUCGGGCAGGGCGUUAUCAACUCGAGUCCGGCGCUUCUGGCGGCGGGGCAUACGCUGUCGCGCGUGGCGUUUGGGAUUGCCCUACCUGUGAUUUUCAUCUCGGGGUCGAUUAACACGGUUGUGUUUGGGCGGCUUGUCCAUGGAAGGAUAUUUGCGGACUCGGCGAUUCGGUUUGUGAAUACGCGGAUGGGCUGGGUUACGUGGUUGGCUGUUAUUGCGGCGGCGACGGUGGUGGCGUUUGUCAUUGCGGAGGUUAUUCCGUUCUUUAAUGACCUGCUUUCGAUCUCGUCGGCGCUGUUUAUUAGUGGGUUUACGUUUUACUUUCCGGCGAUUAUGUGGUUUGUUCUGCUUAGGAAGGGGGGGUGGUUUGAGGGGUGGAAUAUGCUGUGGACCGUUGUUAAUGGGGUGAUUUUCGCGAUCGGGCUGAUUGUUCUUGUUGGGGGGACGUACUCGAGUGUUGAUGAUAUUAUUUUGAAUUAUAGAUCUGGCUCGGUUCGCGGUGUCUUUACCUGUGCUUUACCAAGUUAG